CCUCUUUCUGCUGCAACUGCUUCACCAUGAAAGUCAUCUUCAAGGAUUUCAAGAAAGAAAAGAUCACUGUUGAGUGCGAACCAACAGAUCUGGUAUCGUCUUUAAAAGACAAAGUCGCCACAGUCAAGAAAGUCCAACCUUCCCAGUUGAAGUUUGUUUAUUCAGGAAAGGUUUUACAAAAUGAAAAAACUGCAGAGUUUUAUAAAAUCAAGGAAAAUGGUCAGAUUAUCUUUAUGAUUUCAAAAGCCAAAGCACCAAAACCACAGCCUACCCCAGCACUAAAGGAGGUCCCGGCUUCCACUUCCACAUCUACAACCUCAGAACCAGUACAAUCAUCCACUCCAAUUCAACCAGCUGCUACUCCUGCUACCACCACAACUGCUUCCACACCUGCUCCUGCUCCUGCUUUGACUGAAACACCUAUCAGCAGUAAUGUUCCCAGAGCAGUUUCAUCCACAACUCCUGCUUUUGAAGAAAACCGAACUACAAUGGCUAACUCAUCCUUGUUAAGAGGUCCUCAAUUAGAAAGCUCAAUUUUAAAUAUUAUGGAAAUGGGUUAUGAAAGAUCUCAAGUCGAAGAAGCCCUAAGAUAUGCUUUUAAUAAUCCUGAAAGAGCUGUUGAGUAUUUAUUAACUGGAAUUCCUGAAACCGUUAGAUUCAGUCAAGAAUUAAAUUCUCGAAAUCCACCUGCACUUGCUUCUGAUUCUGCAUCUGCACCUGAACCUCCUACAACUGGAGAGCAAAAUUCUACAAACCAAAAUCUUUUUGAAGCUGCUGCUGCUGCUGCCGCUGCACCACCAGAAACCUCGGGCUUGUCUCUGUUAAGUGACCCUCGUUUAAUCGAACAAAUUGAAAUUUUGAGACAAGCUAUAGCCACUGAGCCAGAAAGAAUUGAACAGCAUUUGCAAAGAUUAGCUGAACAAUAUCCAGAAUUGUCUGAAGCUAUUAACCAAAAUCCUGAUGAAUUUAUGAGACUAAUCUUACAAGAUUUGAGUGCUGAGAACCUCGGUUUUUCCGGUUACGAAGGGGGGGAAGGUGUUGAACUCGAAGUUGGUGACCCCGACGGAAGCCGAAUGGAAGUCGACUCCCAAGAUGAAACUAAUGCACAAGGCUCAGCUGCUGGAGAAAGGCAAAAUGUGUUAUAUAUUACUUCUGAAGAGGAAGCUGCUAUCAACAGACUAUGUGAAUUGGGUUUUGAGAGAAAUUUAGUAAUUCAAGCUUAUUUUGCUUGUGACAAAAACGAAGAAUUAGCAGCUAAUUUCUUAUUUAGUGAGUGAUUCUUUCUAAAAAUUGUUAUUUCUGAAUUAUUUUAUCAAAGAUUCUAAUAUUUUUUUUUCUCUGUAUCUUUUUUUGUUGCUAUUAUAUUUAUUUUAUGCAUAAUUGUUUAUCUUAUGGAUUAUUUUUUUGUUUUUUUCUUAAAUUUUUUUGAAUUUUUUAAAUUUUAUUCUUAUACUUUAAUUUUCUUUAUAUAUUCGUCAGCAAAAAAAAAU